CAUCUACGCGUUUCUCUUCACAACAGAGCCGAAAAUUAGGGCUUCGAACUUCAAUCUCAAUGGGACGAGAGCUGGACCCAGAGAUAUGCGCUUGCAUUCUCGAAUUCCUUGUCCAUAAAUCACCCGACGAUAUGUUGUUGAAGAAACUCAUCCGAGUUUUCCCGCCUCUUAACCCCUCUCCGCGCUUGAAGAAAUCACUACUACUCCGUUCUAUCCAAAACGUGAUCACCGCAGGAGAGAUUCCCGAGAAGCUACUCGACUAUUUAGAGAUGAUAUCGCGCAUCGAAACUAAGCAAAGGGUCCCGAUUCCCGACUCCAUGAGGGAUGCUUAUUGCGCCGUCGCAAUGGACUGCACCACCAAGUUUUUGGCCGGGUCCCCUGAUUCGACUGUAUUGUAUUCUGAUGCCGUGAACAGAAUCUGGAGGGGUCGGAUUGAGAAUCUGGAAAGAUCCGAGGCAUCCGGUUUGGUUUCCAAGAGACUGAGGAACCUUCGGCGUCAAGUUGAAGCUGCCUUUGGGGACGAGGAAGUGGUCCGCCGUUUAGUCGCAAUCAAUACUCGAGCCGACGCCUUCUUCAGCCUCAGGCUUUAUUUACGCGAAGCGGUUGCCACGAUGGGGCCGCCUCUCCUUGAAAGAGCAUGGUUGGGGUUCACAGUGGGACAAAGUUGAAAUUCUUCGGAAGCAAGGGGAUACCCGAGCA